GUAUCUACCGGCUUCUCGUUAUAAAAGCUUUGCUUCCCAGUUAUAUACUUUUAGUAUUUCUGUGUUCGCGACAAGUGUUCUGCCCGUCCAUAAUGUUUGUGUUAAAAUCGCUGAUAAUCGCAGCCAUGCUUUCUGUGGCUUGUCGAGCAUUCGCAGUUGACUACAAUGAGAACGCUAUUAUGCAAAUCGGAGACUUAUUCGAUGUGGAAAAAAAUAACACAAUUUUGGUGCAAACUAUCGAAAGUGUGAAACGCUUCCAGGAACUACAUCCCGAAUUAACCAUAGAUGAAAUGGACAUGAUGAGUAAUGUCAAGGGUCAAGUGGUUUAUACUCUUGGAGUCAGAAUGAGGGGCGAUCGAUUAGUCGGUACCGCCACGAAGAAUCAAUCUUGGCCAAGACCACAAAAUGUUAGCAUUCAACUAACCUAUCCUAGCCAAGGUGUGGGAGCCAUGGUCACAUAUGUUUACAUUGUAAUAAAUCAGUCGACGAAAUUGGGACGAGCUUACGUCGUGCGAGGAGGGCUUCACCAGCGUUUCAUUACGAUCGUUAUCGAAGCUUACCAAACCACUUAUGCAGACUACCAUGCGCAAAUUUUUGGAAUUUAACUUUCUUGUUAGCGCUAUCCUUUCUAUAUCCCGAAUCAUCCACUGGAAUCACCUGGAGAAUACGGUUUCAGUAGCUUAUAAUCAAAAACUAAUCGAUUAUAAAUAUAGAAACUUAUAUAAGAAACCUUAGUGUAUUCUUAAGGAUUUUUCGUGAGAUAUAUAUACAAAAGACGCCUUACGAACAGCUAGAAUAUGUCUAAAUACAUCCAACAACCGAGUUGAGGUAGAUAAGUACCGUCUAAAGACUUUAAGUUAAACAAAACGCUUGUAUUUAUACACAUAGGAAUUUUUAUUAAAGUUUUCUGGGUAAA